AUGAAGUGGCUGAGUGUUUUUGCGCUGUUUCUGGCGUUAGUUGCGGCUGAGAACCCCGAAGAAAAUGUUGGUGUUUACGAUCCAGACCUUUUCGAGGGAGACAUGAUUUUCACACCCGAGCAGCGUAUGGCAGCCGAGAAGGGACUGGAUGUAGACAAUCUUUCUGGUAGAGCUUCGAUCAAAAGCAAACUGUGGCCUAAUGGUGUAAUGAAUUAUGAGAUCGACUCCAGUCUCUCGGGAAAUUCUCAAGCCAUGGCAGCUAUCAGGGCAGGGAUGCAGGAAUGGACAAGCAAAACAUGUAUUCGGUUCAAGAGAGGAGCAGGAUCAUCUUAUGCGUACUUCAAAAAGGGCGGCGGAUGCUCAUCAUACGUGGGAAAAAAUGGUGGUCGUCAGGAUAUAACUCUGGCCAGCGGGUGCUGGACAAGAGGAAUUGUUGCUCAUGAGAUUGGUCACGCUUUGGGAUUUUUCCACGAACAAUCUCGCCCUGACAGGGAUAACUACGUCACAAUAAUGUGGGACAACAUCAUUGAAGCGAACAAGUUUAAUUUUCAAAAGUAUGGCCGUGGAACCAUCGAUUCCUUGGGUACUGGGUAUGACUAUGGGAGCGUGAUGCAUUACCAGAGCACAGCCUUCACAAAGAACGGAAAACCUACAAUCGUGUCCAAGAGACCAGGGAUCACACUUGGUCAGCGUCGGGGAUUGAGCUCGAUAGACGCAAGGCAAAUGGACCUCCUCUACAAGAAGGAGUGUCAAGGAGGCGGAGGUGGGGGAGGAGGAGGUGGAGGGGGUGGAGGCGGUGGUUGCAAAGACUCUUACCACGCGCCUUGUCAAAAAUUUUAUUGCCAUUACCAACAGUGGGCAAAGAAGAACUGUCGAAAAACGUGUAACAUGUGUUGAUGAAGGUCCGCUCAAGGGCAAUACAGCUUUUACGUAGUCUGACACAAAGGGAAAUAAACAUAUGUGAAAAACUGAACCUGACU